AUGGACGCCCGUGUCAGAAGAGCUACUCUACAGGACCAAGCAGUCGUCAGUCAAUAUAACAUUGCUAUGGCCAAGGAGACUGAGGACUUGGAGCUUGAUGAGAAAACCGUUCAAGCAGGUGUUCAGGCCAUUCUUAGCGAUCCAGCGAAAGGAACAUACUUCCUGCUCGAGGAAGGUGGGAAGAUUGUUGCCCAGCUGAUGAUUACCUAUGAAUGGAGCGACUGGCGAAAUUCCCAGAUAUGGUGGGUACAGAGUGUCUAUGUGCAUCCAGAUCAUCGCCGCAGAGGCCUCUAUAAGGCCUUGUACAGGCACAUUCAGACCUGCGCCGCUGCAGAGAAGGCAUGUGGCGUCAGGCUUUAUGUUGAUGUUGGCAACAACCGUGCACAACAAACGUACAAAUCACUUGGAAUGACCAGCCACUACCUGGUGUUCGAGGACAUGGCACUGACAAAUGGCAGCUCUGAAUAA